UUCGUUUACUGGAACCGCCAAAAAAGCGUUGAAAGUUAUGCAACUUCUUCAGCCGUGUAGUGGACUUAAAUCUUUUGCAUUGUUUUUGACCAACAGUUGAUUUUUUAAAAAAACAUCGGCUAGAUGUUCUUAUUUAAUGCUAACUUUAUAGGAUGUAGGCUGCCGUGGUUUCCGCCUAGGAUAUAGCACCUGGAUCCGCGGCGCGUUGUCCACCGGAAACACCGUCGCACGCGACUCACCCUGUUUUCUGUGUUCCUUCAGAAUCCUGUCAGUCAAGCGAGAGGGCGGAGCCUACACGAUCCUGGGACCAGGCCGACGUGUAUCGAAAACAGACCUUAAACAGACGACAGCGUGACGCAAUGGGGAGGCGAGAACGGGCGUCUCUGCUCGUUAUAGUGGUGCUUUCAUCUAUAGUGUUACAGGUCUCAAGCUCGGGAGCUUUUGAGUUUCGGUUAGUGUCAUUCUCCAACGAUAACGGCCGAGAUUUCGAGGGAAAUUGUUGUACGGGAUAUCGUACUUCGCACGGCUUGUGUAGUGGUGUUUGCCGGACAUCUUUCCGCGUGUGUUUAAAACACUACCAAACAACUAUUGACCCAAACCCACCGUGCACUUUUGGUGAGAUUAGAACUCCAGUGUUGGGCAAUAAUUCAGUGCGCCUUUUGGAUAAAAAAGUGCCCGGAUUUAUCAACCCCAUUCGAUUUCCGUUCGAUUUUUCGUGGCCGGGAACAUUUUCACUGAUUGUUGAAGCCUGGCACGAAAACAACAACAGAGAAGCAGGAGGAAAUACUUUGGUCAGUCGACUAGCCACCCAGCGGUGGCUGGACGUCUCACCAGAGUGGACGCAAGACGCACAUCGUACGAACCACACCACUAUGACGUAUUCUUUUCGGGUACUCUGUGAAGAAAAUUACUACGGUGACGCCUGUGCCAAGCUGUGCCGGCCAAGAGACGAAACAUUCGGCCACUACAGCUGCAAUUCCAAAGGCGACAAAAUAUGCUUGCCUGGAUGGACCGGCGAAUAUUGUUCCAAUGCCAUCUGCCUCCUAGGGUGCCACAAAGAAAAUGGCCGAUGCGAUGAGCCCAACAAGUGCAAGUGCCGAUAUGGUUGGGAGGGACCCCUGUGUCAGCAGUGCACGCGCUACCCGAACUGUGUGCACGGAACGUGUACCCAACCUUGGCAGUGCAAUUGUGAGGAAGGGUGGGGUGGUUUACUAUGUAACCAAGAUUUAAAUUACUGCACCAAUCACAAGCCCUGUAAGAACGGGGGCACGUGCACCAACACUGGCCAGGGGUCCUACACAUGCACGUGCCCUGAGGGGAUCACAGGGACCAAUUGUGAGUUCCAGGUGGACAAUUGUGCUCUCCAGCCUUGCCAAAACGGAGGGAAAUGCAAACAAACGAAUAAAACCUACAAAUGUGAAUGCCCACGUGGUUUUUACGGCCGCAACUGUGAAACAUCAACAAACACAUGCUCAGCAAGCCAUUGCCAGAAUGGUGGAACCUGUCAAAAUGGACCAGAUGGCUACUUCUGUACUUGUCCUGACGGUUUUUCUGGUGAUCAUUGUGAACUCCAACCUGACAACUGUGAACCAAACCCUUGUUUGAAUGGAGGAAGCUGUGUACAACGAGUGGACACCUACACAUGCAUCUGUGAAACUGGCUUCACAGGGGAUCUCUGUGAUAUGGAUAUUAACGACUGUGCCGAGAAUCCCUGUCUCAAUGGUGGUACCUGUGUGGACAACAUCAACUCUUUCCACUGUUCCUGUGUUCCAGGGUUCGUGGGCUCUUUGUGUCAGACCAAUGUGGACGAUUGUCUUAUAAAACCAUGUGCUAACGGUGGUGUUUGCCACGAUUUGAUCAACGACUUCCAAUGUGACUGUCAAUCGGGUUUUACUUCAAAGGAUUGUUCAGUGGAGAUCGACGAAUGUCGUUCCAACCCUUGUCUCAAUGGUGGAACGUGCGUGGACCGUGUGAACGAGAUCUUGUGUCGCUGCCCACUUGGAUUUGGUGGUAUUGCAUGCGAGGAAAAUGCACAUGCAGUUGAGGAUAAAAGUAGUAGUGCGCGAUUUCACCGUGUAAAGUUUACCAAAAACAUGUCCCUCGAUGGACUGAAAGUAACACCCCCUACUUCUGUAUUGGAAGUUUCUCAUCAUAUUUCUGAUGACGUAAAACAGUCUCGCUUAACAAGCCACCAGGUAGCGCUGAUUGCUACACUUUCUGCACUGAUUCCUUUACUUGCUCUGAUUGCAGUUUUACUGAUAAUAUUUUUUCGUCGCCGAAAACAACAAGAAAGAGAGCAUGAAGACGAGAUAGUUCAAAAGCAGAAUACAGUAAACAGCAUGAACAACAAAUUAUUAGACAAUAAAAUCAUUAAUUCCAUUGGCAGGCCUAAUCAAAAGUCAUUAAAUAUUAGCACCGAGAGCCAAGAUAUACCUUCUAUUUUAAAAGGGCAAGAAAAUAUGCACAGAACCAAUAUUAGCAGAUUUCUAAAUAAGGACUGCUGUAGCAGACACUCUGAUAAAACGUUGGAUACAGACUAUGAAAAACAGCUCUCUAGUUCACAAAGGGCAUUAGAAAGGAGGGGAUCUACACAGUCCAUAACAUCAGUGUCCUCUAUUGUCAACAAAAGUGAGUCCUCCUCUUCAUGUCCUCACAGCAGCGUCUACGUCAUCGAAGAGAAUUACAAGCAAGAGUUCAGUGAGGGGAUUCUCGCAACCGAGGUGUGACGUCAUCAUAAACAUGAGUUAGCCUCGAUAAACUUUCCUAAACUAUUUCAGAAAGAGUCAGUCUAUGGAUUAUUUAUUUAUUAUUCACGGAAAAAGAAACUAUUUGUACAGCGAGCUAUCAGUGCCUUGCAUGUUUGUAAAAUAUUCGGGGUCUGAAAAUUGUCAGAAGAACGAAUUAGUUAAUUUGUGAUGUUAAUAUACUGUAUAGUGCAUAACGAUUCUAUUGGAAGUCAGACUCUACAAGUUCGUAUGUGCGUAUGUUUAUUGUUGAUCAGGUCCACUAAGUUAGCUACAGAUUUAAGAACAGACCACUCUGCUUACUAAGAGAUCCUAUGUGUUGUUCUUGCUUGUAAAGCUCAGUCAUCAUAAUUUAACAUUAGGUUGUACAUAUCAUUGCAUAUUUAUAUUAUAUUAUAGACGAUCAUUUUUCUUGUUGUACAGAAACCACUUAUUUGUGUGCCACUUUU